GACCGGCCCAUGAGCUCGUGGCUUCUGCCAAGUUCCUGGUUUUCUUCUUUUCUUGAAGACAAGGAAGAACUCUGCUUGAAUGUCAUCUGGAACCUACAUUGAGACAUAUACCAAAAUGCCUGUGGUCUGACCUUAAGCGCAGGAGCCAGAAGCAGAUCCUCGCUUACAGAAGUUACGAGAUGGCCAAUUCAACCACCACAGACCCUCCAGACCAGUCCUGCUCCCGGAACACCCUGAUCACGCAGCAGAUCAUUCCUGUGUUGUACUGCGUGGUCUUCAUCACAGGGAUCCUCCUCAAUGGAAUCUCGGGAUGGGUAUUCUUUUAUGUGCCCAGCUCUAAGAGUUUCAUCAUCUAUCUCAAGAACAUCGUUGUGGCUGACUUUCUGAUGGGCCUGACUUUCCCUUUCAAAGUCCUUGGCGACUCAGGCCUCGGUCCCUGGCAGGUGAAUGUGUUUGUGUGCAGAGUCUCUGCCGUGAUCUUCUACGUUAAUAUGUAUGUCAGCAUCGUGUUCUUUGGGCUCAUCAGCUUUGACAGGUAUUAUAAAAUUGUAAAGCCCCUUUUGACUUCUGUUGUCCAGUCAGUGAACUACAGCAAACUGGUAUCUGUGAUUGUCUGGAUGCUCAUGCUUCUCCUCGCUGUCCCGAACAUCAUCCUGACAAACCAGAGCGUCAAGGAGAUUACGAAAAUACGGUGUAUGGAACUCAAAAAUGAGCUGGGGCGGAAGUGGCACAAAGCAUCUAACUACGCCUUCGUGAGCAUUUUCUGGAUUGUGUUUCUUCUAUUAAUCAUCUUCUACACGGCUAUAACGAGGAAAAUCUUCAAGUCUCACCUGAAGUCCAGAAGGAAUUCCAUCUCGGUCAAAAGGAAGUCCAGUCGCAACAUAUUCAGCAUUGUGCUUGUUUUUUUUGUCUGCUUUGUACCUUACCACAUUGCCAGAAUCCCUUACACAAAGAGUCAGACGGAGGCUCAUUAUAGCUGCCAGUCAAAGGAAACCCUGCUCUACGUGAAGGAAUUCACUCUGCUACUCUCUGCUGCAAACGUAUGUCUGGACCCCAUUAUUUAUUUCUUCUUAUGCCAGCCAUUUAGGGAAGUCUUAAAUAAGAAGCUACACAUCUCACUAAGCGUCCAGAAUGACACAGACACGUCCAAAACUAAGAGGGGAAAUACAGUUCAUGAAAGCACAGAUACUUUGUGACUUCCCACGCCCUUCCGAGUACUGUCCAUGUUGUUACAUGACAAUUAAGAAGUGUAGGUAAAAUGCAUGCUUUUGACUAUAAGUAACCUCUCUACCAAUGCUAUCCGGCAGGAAGUAUGAAGUUCAAAACAAUAGGUACAAUAAAACUCAAACUUUCCAUGUAAAAUGAAAGUCUUGGCACAUCACUUUUUAGAUAUCAAAUAAAUGGAGGAACAGCAAAUAACCAAAACUAAACCCUUCUCUGCUAUUACCUUGCUUCCUACGGGACACCCAAUCUUUCAGAUGUUCUUCCUAAAUAUCUUUUUCUAUUAAUGCUCAUAUCUACUUAAUGUUUUACAUUCUGUAUGUACCAAUAAACAAGUUGCCUUCAAAAC